AUGUACAGAGAUCUUCGUGAGCUAGUUAAGAUUCUGUUGUGGAAAUGGGAGAGAGUAACCAUGGACUUCGUUAGUGGGUUACCCCUAACAGCUUCUAAAAAGGACGCGCGUGUCAGACCGGUUGCCUACCAGCUUGAGUUGCCUUCAAAGUUAGACCAGAUUGAUAAUGUGCUUCACUUCUCUAUGCUGAAGCGAUAUCGCUCUGAUCCUGCACACAUUAUCCCGACUGAGGAAAUUGAGGUUAGGCUAGAUCUAACCUUUGAGGAAGUACUAGUGCAAAUUAUAGAUCGUGAUGUGAAGGUUUUUAGGAGAAAGACGGUUCCACUGGUUAAGAUACUAUGGUGUAAUCACAGUUUUGAAGAAGCCACGUGGGAACCCGAGGAGGUGAUGCGGCAACAAUACCCUCAUCUAUUCUGA